CGGUGCGGGGCAGAGCCGGAGCAUCGCUGCGGUGCUUUGGCUUUGUACGUGCCUCCGUACAUCCGCGUGUCGUUGUGAAGAGGAGCGCGGCCGGGCGCCCAGAAAGCGACUCGAUUCGCCAUGAGGAGGGAGCGUGCCUUCCAGGAGCAGCCCGCCCUGAUCGAGCCGGGGAGGAAUGAGCGGUCGAUGAAUUAAAGAUGGGCGGAAAAUGAGCAAGGGGAAACGCAGCCAUCAGCGGGAAGGGGGAAGAGAGGAUGGCCCCGUAGCCCCGCAGCCCCCGGAGCUGCUGCCCCCUCUGCUUGCACCGCGCAGACGGACCGUGAGCGGCAGCGGCAGCAAUGAGAGCUCCGGCCCUCGGCUGAUGCCCGCCCUGCUGAUAAAGAUGAUCAACAAGUCCCGAGGGAAGAUACUGGGAGUGCUGGCGCUGUUUCUGGUGAUGGUGUGGUACUCGAUAUACCGGGAGGACAGCUUUUAUUUCCCUGUGCAAGAAAACAAGACCACGUGUCCCGUUGGGGAGGUGGAGAGGAAGGCGGCACAGCUCAUCGGGAACUACACGAGGGAGCGCCCGCUCUUCCUGCAGCUGAAGGAUUACUUCUGGGUGAGGACGCCGUCGCUCUACGAGCUGCCCUACGGCACCAAAGGCAGCGAGGAUGUCCUCCUGCGCCUGCUGUCGGUCACCAGUUACUCCCUGCCUGAGAGCAUCCAGAGCCUGAAGUGCCGGAGGUGCGUGGUGGUGGGCAACGGGCACCGGCUCCGCAACAGCUCCAUGGGGGACACCAUCAACACUUACGACGUGGUGAUCAGGCUGAACAACGCGCCAGUGCAUGGCUACGAGCAGGACGUGGGCUCCAAGACCACCAUGCGGCUCUUCUACCCCGAGUCAGCCCACUUCGACCCCCAGGCAGAGAACAACCCCAACACGCUGCUGGUGCUGGUGCCCUUCAAGCCCAUGGACUUCCAGUGGAUGGAGGCCAUCCUCAACGACAAGAAGAGGGUUCGUAAAGGGUUUUGGAAGCAGCCCCCCUUGAUCUGGGAUGCCAACCCGGAGCAAGUGCGCAUCCUCAACCCAUACUACAUGGAAGUAACUGCUGCUAAACUGCUCAACCUCCCCAUGAAGCAGCCACGGAAGGUCAAACAGAAACCAACCACGGGGCUGUUGGCCAUCACCUUGGCUCUCCACUUCUGCGACCUGGUGCACAUCGCGGGUUUCGGGUACCCUGACUCGGCCAACAAGAAGCAGACCAUCCACUACUAUGAGCAGAUCACGCUCAAGUCCAUGGCCGCCUCGGAGCACAACAUCUCGCACGAGGCGGUGGCCAUCAAGCGCAUGCUGGAGCUGGGCCUGGUCAAGAACCUCACCUACUUCUGAGGGCAAUGGGGCUGCGCAGGGACAAGUCCCCACCUGGGAGCCUGCGGUGGCCCUGGAGGAGCUGGUGUCACUGUCCCCCCCCACCAAGAUGCUGGUGGCAGGGUGGGGGCUGCGCCGGCCCCGGGGGCGCAGGGAGCCCCUGAGCGGGGACUUUUCAUAUGGAAACACUGAAGCUAAUGAGGACUUUGGAGAGAUUUUGGGGAGGGGACCUCCCUCCCAGCAGGUCUGGGGGGCACAGCAGGGCAAACUGGAGCCCCCCUCUUCCCUUGGAUACUCUUGCAUUUGGGAUGAGGGCCCUGAGGGGCUGAUGUGGGGGUCCUGGGGGAGUCCCCUGUGUGCAGGAGGCAGGGUUGCAGCCUCCUCCCAGCUGGGCCCCCCCAGAUAUUUAAUUCCUCCUUUCUCUCCCCCUCCUUUUUUUAUUUUCUUUAUACGCGUUGGCCCAGCCCCGUGCCUUAGUGCUGGUGUGGGGGGGCUGAGCCCCACAGCCCUCCCCAGGCGGCCCAUGGCAGGGUGUGGGGGUGACACGGUGAUGCAGAUUAAUUUAAUUAAUUUAAAAGAUUAUUUAUCAUGGGGCCUCCCCCCUCUGUGGCCUCGUACAGAGAGGGGGGCUUGUGCUCUGGGGGUGCUGGGGCUGUGGGGGCUUCCCCCUUCCCCAAAGGUGCCUUUUGUCCCACCACGGGCGCCUUGCUCACGUGGGGCCCCCCUGGAUCCUGCAUCCCCCAGGAUUUGGGGAAGGGGGGGGAGCCCUGGGACCCAUGGACCUUGGGGUGUUGGGGGGCUCUGCUGGCACCCAAUAAAGGUCCUGGUGCGUC